AUAAAUUAAGAGGGCUUUGAAUAAUCUUUUAUACAUUUGGUCUUGCUCUCUCUCUCCCUCCCCGAAUCUCUUACCUUUUAGGUCGGAGGCAGAUCGGAGGCGAUCUUCGAGCUUCAUCCAUGGCUUCCAAGCGGAUCUUAAAGGAGCUUAAGGACCUCCAGAAAGACCCUCCCACCUCCUGCAGCGCUGGCCCUGUAGCAGAGGACAUGUUUCAUUGGCAAGCAACAAUAAUGGGUCCCCCAGAUAGUCCUUACGCUGGGGGAGUCUUUCUAGUUACCAUUCAUUUCCCUCCUGACUAUCCUUUUAAACCACCUAAGGUUGCAUUUAGGACCAAGGUUUUUCAUCCAAACAUAAACAGCAAUGGCAGCAUAUGCCUUGACAUUUUAAAAGAACAGUGGAGUCCUGCCCUGACUAUAUCCAAGGUGCUGCUGUCCAUCUGCUCGCUCUUGACAGACCCAAACCCGGAUGAUCCCUUGGUGCCAGAAAUUGCUCAUAUGUACAAGACAGACAGGGCCAAGUACGAGACAACUGCUAGGAGCUGGACGCAGAAGUAUGCCAUGGGUUAGACCUUGGACGCUUUGUUGCAUUUAGGAAGAAAACCUGGUCUUUUAUUCCCGUGUUAUGUAUAAAAAAAAAAAUUUAAGUGCCGACUGACUAAAUGAAUUGUAUCUUAACACAUCGCCUAAAGGCGUGGCAAGUGUGCUCUUGCAGUUUCACGCGUUCUGCUUUCUUCAA